CUUCCCUCCUUCCUUCUUUCUUUCUCCUCGCUGGCUGGGCGCUCUGCCGGUGCCUCUGCUCCGCGCUCCUUCCUUCCUGCGCCAUGCGCGGCUGCUGGGAGCUCGCGCUGCCCUUGCUCCUGCUCCCGGCCCUCGCCUCGGCCUCUCCCGGGGGCUCCCGCGCCGUCUACACCAACCACUGGGCCGUGCGAGUGUCGGGGGGCGCCGCGGAGGCGGAGCGCCUGGCCGCCCACUACGGAUACCUCAACCUCGGGCAGAUUGGGAACUUAGAAGACUACUACCACUUUCAUCACAGCAAAACCAUUAAAAGGUCGACAUUCAGCAGCAGAGGUCCACACAACUUCCUAAGGACGGAUCCAAAGGUGAGAUGGCUGCAGCAGCAAGAGGUGAAACGAAGAGUCAAAAGACGCGUCCGACGCAACCCCAAUUUUGCUUCCUUCAACGACCCGCUCUGGCCAGAAAUGUGGUACAUGCAUUGUGAAGACAACGACAGCGAAUGCCGGUCAGAAAUGAACAUCAUGGCAGCCUGGCAGCGGGGAUAUACUGGGAAGGAUGUCGUCGUAACCAUUCUCGAUGAUGGGAUAGAGAAAAAUCACCCGGAUCUUGUCCAGAACUAUGACCCUCGUGCAAGUUACGACGUCAAUGGACACGAUGAAGAUCCGACUCCCCGCUAUGAUGCCAGCAACGAAAACAAGCACGGCACGCGGUGCGCUGGAGAAGUGGCAGCAUCGGCAAACAACUCGAACUGCAUCGUGGGGAUUGCGUACAAUGCAAGAAUUGGGGGCAUCCGUAUGUUGGAUGGCGACGUGACAGACAUCGUCGAAGCCAAGGCGAUUGGCACCAAACCAGAUUACAUCCACAUCUAUAGUGCGAGCUGGGGCCCGGAUGACGACGGCCGGACAGUGGAUGGCCCCGGACGUUUGGCCAAGGAGGCCUUUGAGAAAGGCAUUAAAGAGGGCCGUAAAGGGCGCGGCUCCAUUUACGUCUGGGCCUCUGGGAAUGGUGGCAGAGAAGGGGACCACUGCUCCUGCGAUGGAUACACCAACAGCAUCUACACCAUCUCCAUUAGCAGCACCACCGAGAAUGGGAACAAGCCCUGGUACCUGGAGGAAUGCGCCUCUACCAUUGCCACCACCUACAGCAGCGGUGCUUUCUAUGAGCGGCAGAUUGUCACCACAGACCUGAGGAAGCGUUGCACAGAUGGCCACACCGGGACCUCCGUGUCGGCCCCCAUGGUGGCAGGGAUCAUUGCGCUGGCUCUGGAGGCCAACCCUUUGCUGACCUGGCGAGACGUCCAGCACUUGCUCAUCAAAACAUCGCGGCCUGCACACCUUUUGGCCCCCGACUGGAAAACCAACGGAGUUGGACGUCGAGUUAGCCAUUUGUAUGGGUUUGGCCUGGUGGACGCAGAAGCUCUCGUGGUGGAAGCGAAGAAGUGGCAAACCGUCCCUGCCCAGCACAUUUGUGUGGGAACCUCAAAUAAAAAAACAUGGGUCAUUCCUGCCAACAAGACAGUGCGGACCGCAACUGUAACCAACGCCUGUGCUGACCAGCUGGAUCAUCACGUGUCUUACCUGGAACACGUUGUUGUCAGAGUUUCUAUUGCGCACCCUCGGCGGGGAGACCUCCAGAUAAACCUAAUAUCGCCUUCUGGGACUAAAUCUCAACUCCUGGGAAGGAGGCAGCAUGAUGAUUCCAGUGAAGGCUUUAAACAUUGGGAAUUCAUGACUGUCCACUGCUGGGGAGAAAAGGCAUCUGGAGAAUGGACACUGGAAGUCCAGGAUAAGCCCUAUCAUGUACGAAACCCAGAAUGCAAGGGGAAGUUGAAAGAAUGGAGCCUCAUUUUAUACGGAACCGUUGAGCCACCAUCCUCAAAUGUCAACUCCCAACACUCCCGGUCAAGGAUGAUGGAAAUGCCAUCCUCCGACAUGGAACCCUCCAAAGUUGCUUUCUUCCAAACGCAGAUGGAGAUGCAGGAGGAAGAAGAGGAAUAUACAGGUCCGUGCCAUACCGAAUGUGGCGACCAGGAGUGCGACGGCCCCAGUGCCGACCAGUGCCUGAACUGUUUCCAUUACAGCUUUGGAAGUCUUAAAGCCGGCAGGAAGUGUGUGAGUUCGUGUCCCUCUGGGUACUUCGGGGACAGCGUUCAGCGUAAAUGCCGCAGAUGCCACAGGAGCUGCGAAACCUGCCUGGGAAGGAGCCAGAACUCGUGCACAACCUGCAAGCAUGGCUUCUAUCAUCACCAAGAAACAAAUGCGUGUGUGAUGCUGUGUCCAGCCGGGUUUUACGCUGAGAUGGGUCAACGACGUUGUCAGAAGUGCCAUCCAAACUGCAAGAAGUGCAUUUGGGAGAUGGAUCGAUGCACUGUCUGCAAAGACGGAUUCAGCCUUGUGGACAACAGCUGCGUUAUGGGGUGCAAAGCAGGCAUGUACUUGAUCAAGGAGCCGGUGCGAUGUGAAAACUGCCGCUCAAACUGCCGGACAUGUACAGGGCCUGGGCGAGAGGACUGUACGCAGUGUGGCAGGAACUCGCAUGACUGGAAAUGCGUCCCUUCGUGUGGGGAGAACUAUUAUGCCGAUGCGGUGCCUGGACUCCCAUACAAAGUCUGCAGAAGAUGUGAAAACAACUGUACAAGUUGUGAUAGCUCUGGGAAGAAAUGUCUCCAGUGUAAAGAAGGCUUCAGCCUGUUCAGUGGCUCUUGUGUUGCAAAUGACAGAUGCCGCAAUACCGAUGACCUCUUCUGCGAGUUGGUGAAGUCGAACAAGCUGUGCGAGCGCAAGAUAUUAUUCCAGUUUUGCUGCCGGACGUGCCUCUUGGCCGGUUAAAUAUCCGCUCUUUGGAGACGUGGUUGCUGAUGGGACAGGACACGGCUGCUCCCUUUUCCCCGCAGCUUCGGCUGGCAUUGGCCGAAGCCCCAGCUUGCAACUCCGAUUGCUUUAAAUAGCUUCCGCUUGGUUUCUACAGUGUCCCAUCUGGCCGUCCCAAGUCCAGGCCAUCUUAUUACCUGGCUUAUUGGGUUUCUAAAAACAUAGUAGGGAUGCAAAUUGCAACGUGAAUCUUUCUCAGAAAUGGAUACGGAGGCAUCGCUUGAAUGCCCCAUUUAGUGCUCGGCCGUCAGCCUCUCCAAACUGCCUCCAGGCACAACCAGAAAAAGGAAAUAUGGCACUAUUUCAAGGCGGCUUACGAAUUCCUUGGCCUGGCUGUGCUAGAGUUGCAUUCUCUCGCUACGCGAUGCAACUCUUUUUGGCAAAAUUGCAAUGGAAAAUAAGCACAUUCCGGAUUGCUUUUCAGUAGCAAGGUGGCCUUAAGCUUGUAUCUUGGCAAAGACCAAAGAGUGAGCAGGAAAGAAGUCAAGAACGCGCUCUGUUUAUCCCAAAAUGUACAUCCAUCAAGUUUGUGACUUGUUUCGGGGAGCCAACAAACUUCUAAGUGACCCAUUGUGACUUUGAGGGACCCCGUUGUUCUGAGAGAUUGGAUUGGACGCCUUCUGUGUGAAAUUACUAGCAACAAAUGCAUAAUAAUAUAUCUUUAUAUUCCGCUCUAUCUCCCUGAGGGGACUCAGAGCCAGGCCUGUAGCGAGGGGGUGGUUUUAGGGGUUCAACCCCCCCCCCCCCCCAUUUUUCAGGUUAUAAAAAAAACCUGGUUUACUCAUGAAUUUUAACUGGUUAACCAAAUCCCCAUGCUAAGUCUAUGAGAUGCAAAACAUUAAGAGUCCCUCCAGGCACUAUUUCAAGCAGAUAUUGACAGGUUUGUAGCGGGGAGAGGUGUGUGCUAGGGUUCAACCCCCCCCCCCCCCCCGAAAUUUUCAAAACCCCUCCCGAAAUUUUUUUCUGGCUACGGCCCUGAUCAGAGCAUAUUACAGAAUACAUACUGUAUAUGACAAACAUUCAGUGCCAUUAUACUGUUAACUAGACAUGUCCAAAAAAUCGUUUUGAAUCGUAUAUCGGAAUUAUUUCGGAUUGUUCUUGCUUUUUGAUACGCAUUCCGAGACAUUGUCUCACAGCGCAACCAGCAAUGUAAUUCAAACAAUUGUUGGCCCAUUCUCUAAUUGUCUCUUAAUGUUUCGUUAAUUUUUCCCCCCAAAUUUUUAAAAAAUAUAUUUUAAAAAUAUUUUUUUUAAAAAAAAAAUUCGUUUCUUCAACCUACCUUGAAUGGGAGCUUAGCGCAGCCUAACAUGGCUGCCGCUCCCCGGCCAAUCAGAAGCUUCCACGAUGGACGCAAAGGUGGGGGCUAACGUCCUCUGCGUCCACAUGGAAGAUUGCCAUACAAGCCCGGGGUGUAGCGAUUGCGCAUGCGCGUCCGCCAUUUUAGAAACAUUUAGAAUCAUUACGAAUUUUCGGAAAUAUCCAAAAUUUUUGGGUGAAAAAAUCGGAAAUACUUUCUAUAUCGAAGCGCCAGCGCCCCCUACUUUAGAAAUGAGAAUUGAAACAUUUUUUUCAUCGAUCGGACAUGCCUACUGUUAACAACAAAGACAGACAAUACAUAGACAGAGGCAAGGCUUCCCUUAUUUUCAUUUCUGUCCUCGACUCAGCCAUAGGGAGGAGCUGUUGUUCCAUCUUUCCAUAUUGUCCAUGGACACCUUCCUGAUCGAAUUGCCGGCAUGUUUUUCAGGGCACCUUUUACCUCCCUGCCAAGGCAGUACCUAUUUAUCUACUCACAUUGCUGCUUUCGAACUGCUAGGUAAGCGGAAGCUAGGGCUGACGGCAGGAGCUCACCCCGACCUACCAACUGCCAUCCUUUUGGUCGGCAAGAUUUUCUGUAGCUGGCGGUUUAACCUGCAUCUCUCAACUGAAUGGUUUCUGCCUCACCUCAGGUUAGCUUCACCUUGCUAAAGACACCAGGCUGCGCACAGAAUGUAGUCUUUUGUAGUUUAUUAAGAAAUAGGGAAAAGAUAGUCCACAAAAGGCAAAAGUUCAGUUACAAAAACAAGGCUGUAAGAAACAAAUCCAUAGAAACAUUAGGCAUGAAACAAGGUCCUUUCAAAAGAAGCCAAAGUCCCAGAAACGAGGAUACAUCCAGGCUACAAGAUACAAUAGAGUCUCACUUAUCCAACGUAAACGGGCCGACAGAACAUUGGAUAAGCGAAUAUGUUGGAUAAUAAGGAGAGAUUAAGGAAAAGCCUAUUAAACAUCAAAUUAGGUUAUGAUUUUACAAAUUAAGCACCAGAACAUCAUGUUAUACAACAAAUUUUACAGAAAAAGCAGUUCAAUACACAGUAAUGCUAUGUAGUAAUUACUGUAUUUACGAAUUUAGCACCAAAAUAUCAUGAUAUAUUGAAAACAUUGACUACAGAAAUGCGUUGGAUAAUCAGAACGUUGGAUAAGCGAGUGUUGGAUAAGUGAGACUCUACUGUAAUACAGGAAAGCAGACUUGGUUCUUGACUCAAGCGAGGAAAUUGCUUUGACAAAGAUCUCCUUCUUAGUAGACUGUUUUAAUAGCAUAACAUGAAGGCAUUUCUUUGCCCUUUGUCCUCCCUCUUAUUUGCUAUUCUGAGACUGCUGCGCAAUCCCUGAAAUUCCAGACAACUAGCCCGAUCUAGAGAAGCGGCCUCAUCGUCAAGACCACAGGGCUCGUUAGUAUUAUCAGGCUCAGGCUGAGAGCUGCUCUCCCUUUCUGCUUCUUGCACCUGAAAAUCAUCAUCAGUUAACAAUAUCAUUUAUUCCCUUGGGAAAGCCUCUCUCUUCCUCAUCUCCCACAGCAGGGACAUCCUGCACCUGAAUCCCAUCAUUCCCAUCAAGAGUCAUCCUGAAACUCAUCCUGAACCUGAAUCCUAUCAUCUUGAACUUGCAUCCCAGAAUCCUCAUCAGAGUCCCACAGAGGCCGAGUCACAACAAUUUCCUCUCUCCAGCAACAGAUGAUUCCCUCCACAAUGUUUGCAUCUUUUUGCAUUUUCAGCUCUUGAUUCACGGCUUCGUUUUUCUACUUCCCAAAGCCUUUCCCUUUCCCAAACUUUUCGCAAAACUUUCCGGAAAGGAUGGAAACGACGCCGAAACGGCAUUACCCAACCCAUCUGAAUGUAUCCAACUACAUAUACGUGAUAGAUAUACACACACAUAUACAUACAUCUAAUAUAAUAUAUUUUAUAGUUUGUUAUGUGGCGUUCAUAUAAUUGUGUUGAAUAUAUAUCGGGCAAUGUUGUCUUACAGGUUUUUUUUAACUUAUACAGUCAUUGCCUUUCUUAAUUUUUUGGGACAACAGAUUUUUAUAUCUCAACCCCUCUCAGUGACAUCUUUGUAAGCUUCGUACGAAAAAGUCUCCUUGUUUGUCCUCAGACGUAUGUAAACAAGAGCGGAUCCACAUCGUCGGCUAUCUUAAUUAGUUCCACCUUCACUAGCAGUCGGACGGUAAUUGGCUCUUCACAAAGUGGGCUUCUAACCUCUAUUUAACUAUUUUUGGAGCCACGCUGGAUGAAUAUGAAAGCGGACAGUCUUUCGAGUCACCGGGAAGGAAAUCGGCAAGGUGACCAGAAAAUGAAUGAAAUGUUUGUAACCCCAAUGAGCUACACUGUACUAUUUCCCCCCCCCCCCCCAGCGACCAAAAUAAAUUGUUUUAUUUUGCUAUGAAGAAUAA